AUGGAGGGCAAACUGUCUUUCGUAUGGCUUUAUCUCGCCUUCCUCUGUUCGUUCUUCUUAUCGAUUGAAGCUGUGGCCUCUCCACCACCUAGUCGACGUCCUUCAGGUGGACCUUGGAAAGAACAACCAGCUGGAGAAGGAUUGAUCCAGGAUGCCGACUACGACCGUGGAGCAUACGGUCGAUAUGUCACGCAGACGUUCAGAUCUGCGAGUCUCACAGUCCCGCGACUCAACAUGGAUAUGCCGUUCACCAAUUGCAACGAUGGGUCGUACCUGUUCGUAACACCUAGGGGAGAGGUCGUCAAGGAGCCGUUGGCCGCUAUCUACGAUGCGACCGGGAGCCUGAUAUGGACGCCGACCGAUCACUCUGGGGAGGUUUACAACUUCGAAGUGCAGCAGUACAAAGGCGACUCGGUUCUGACGUUCUGGGGCGGCGACAACGGCCACGGCCAUGGCAGCGGUCACUACUUUAUGUAUGACAAGCACUACAACCUCAUCGGCAAAGUCAAUGCUGUCGGUGGAUAUGGUGCUGAUCUACACUCGUUCACGAUCCUCCCAAACGACCACGCACUGGUGACCAUCUACGACAAGGUUGGGACCGAUUUGGCAGAGGUCUUAGGUCGACCACACCCGGGCAAAUGGAUGUGGGAUUCCAUGUUCCAGGAAAUCAACCUCGAGACAAAUGAGCUGGUAUUCGAAUGGCGAGCCUCCCACCACUUCGCGUUUAGCGAGUCUUACAUUUCCACUCUACCCGCUACAGAGUCCGAACCUUGGGACUGGUUUCACAUCAAUACCGUGGAGAAGGAUGAAGCUGGCAAUUACUUGAUCUCCGCGCGCCAUCUUCGAUGCGUCGCUUACAUCUCACGCGAGACUGGUGAAGUCUUAUGGAGGUUGGGCGGGAAAAGGAACUCAUUCAAUGAUCUGUCAAACGGACAAGCUACCCACUUCGUUGGACAGCACGACACCCAUUGGGACCAAGGACAUCGAUACAUCACUAUGUUCGACAACAGGGCGGACUGGCAAGACGAGCAAGAGCAUGUAUCGAAAGGCAAAAGGAUAGAAAUCGAUCUGGAAAACAUGACGGCCAAAUUGGACACAACCUUUGUUCAUCCAAAGAACAUUUUCGCCUUCUCGCAGGGCUCAUACCAGACCUUGCCCCACGGGAAUGUCGUUCUUGGAUAUGGCUACACGGGUGCCAUGGCCGAGUUUUCGUCGAACGGCACAUUGCUCUGCGAUGCGUAUCUUCAACCAUCUUCGAGAUUCAGCUCUGGAGAUGUUCAAAGCUAUCGCAAUCUCAAGUUCAAUUGGACGGGUCUGCCUACUACGAAGCCAAGCAUGGUUCUGGACAAUGGCACGAUCUAUGUUUCCUGGCUUGGGUCUACAGAGGUCCGUAGCUGGAUGCUGGAAGAUGCUGUGAUACCUGAAGGGCGUCUUGGACCUGUCACAACGUUUGCGAAGAGUGGGUUUGAGACAGUGUUUACCAUUCCUGAAGAUCUUCCCUUACGACAGUACAUACGUAUUGUGGCCCUGAACAAAGAUAGCCAAGAUCUCUCAGCGUCCGACUUCAUCGACGUUGGCGACAAGGCGACCGUGUUCACAGAGCCUCCAUUCGAGCCCGACGACGAUCUCAAUCUCGAAGAGCAACUACAAGAUCUUGGAGCAUUGCUUGGUCGCUCGACCGUGGGAUCGAUUCCCGCGUUGGAGUCUACCGCGCUUCAAACGCCAGGCUUCGGUAUCAUACGAUCGAUUGCCUCUCGAGGCACAUUGAUGAUUGAAAGUUUGCCUUCAAUAUCAAGCCAUUUUCAGACUCCCGUCGACAAGCGCCAGUACAAUCUCGACGUCGACGCCCACCUACCCGACCCGAUCUUAUCUCUGGGAGUACUUCGGUCGUACGACCAAAAUCAGACCUAA